CGUUAAUAAGGUGGGUAUCAAUUUGUUAUGGUGGAGGGAGGGAGAGUGAGGGAGGAGUUCCCCCUGCGAGUGCCGAAGCCCUCUGCUCUGCAUUCCGCCAGAGCUCACAGGCGCACCGGUCACAGCUCGGCUCCGGGACGAAAGUCCGCUUUCAGGUCGAGGAAAAAGUGGCCGUUUUCCCCCGCUUUGGUGCGUUUGCGAGUCCCGUUCCCCGGUGGAAUGCUUUACUUUUCGUCCUGCAGCUGUCUGAAGAGCGAGAGAAGGCGGUUUAUGUCUUUUUAAGGAAGAAGCUUUUCUUUGUAAAUCACACUGCAGCUGAGCGAGGCUGCACCAUGGUGAUCAUGACAGAAACCAGCGGGGGUUCGCAGCCCAGCCCUGCCCAGCGCAGGCCCCUGCAGGUCGGCUUCUAUGAGAUCAUUCGCACCCUGGGAAAAGGAAACUUUGCGGUGGUGAAGCUGGCCAAACACAAAGUCACCAAAACCCAGGUGGCAAUAAAAAUUAUUGAUAAGACCCGCCUGAGUCCUUCCAACCUGGAAAAGAUUUACAGAGAAGUGCAGAUCAUGAAGCUGCUGAACCACCCACACAUCAUCAAACUCUACCAGGUCAUGGAGACCAAAGACAUGCUGUACAUUGUGACGGAAUAUGCAAAGAACGGAGAGAUGUUUGACUACCUGACCUCAAACGGCCGCAUGAGCGAAGAUGAAGCUCGGACGAAGUUCUGGCAGAUUCUGACAGCGGUGGACUACUGCCAUCGGCACCACAUCGUCCACCGCGACCUGAAGACGGAGAACCUGCUGCUGGAUGGCAACAUGAACAUCAAGCUGGCUGACUUUGGAUUUGGAAACUUCUACAACGCGGGGGAGCCUCUGUCCACGUGGUGUGGCAGCCCGCCUUACGCCGCGCCCGAAGUCUUCGAGGGGAAAGAGUAUGAGGGACCUCAGCUGGACAUCUGGAGCCUCGGUGUGGUGCUUUACGUUCUGGUCUGCGGCUCUCUUCCGUUUGACGGCCCGAGCCUUCCCGCACUCAGGCAGAGAGUCACAGAGGGGCGUUUCAGGAUUCCCUUCUUCAUGUCUCAAGACUGUGAAAACCUGAUCCGGAAAAUGCUGGUGGUGGACCCCGCCCGCAGAAUCUCCGUGGCGCAGAUCAAGCAGCACCGCUGGAUGCUGGCGGACCCCGCCGCCGCCCACCAGACCCUCUGCCACUCCCUGACAGAUUAUAACUCCAACCUGGGGGACUACAGCGAGCCUGUGCUGGGCAUCAUGAACACGCUGGGCAUUGACCGCCAGAGGACCAUCGAGUCCCUGCAGAGCAGCAGCUACAACCACUUCUCUGCGAUCUAUUAUCUGCUGCUGGAGAGGGUCAGGGAGCAUCGGGCGCAGCAGCUGAGCCGGCAGUGCGGGAGCUGGAGCCAGAGGCCGCGGAGCACCUCAGACUCCUCUGGGACAGAGGGGAUCAUGGAGAUCUCAGACAGCUUCAGGAGCACGCCGUUCCCCGCCAAGAGCGCUCCUUCUGCUGCGUACUCCGAGGUGGAGUGUGACCAAGGAGGAUUAUUCCAGCGGGUGGUGUUCCCGGUGGAGGCCAGUUUGAACAGACUGCUCUGGAACCGCUCCAUUUCCCCCAACAGCCUGCUGGAGACCAGCAUCAGCGAGGAGGUGCGGCCCCGAGACCUAGUGGAGGAGGAGGCCACGCAAGCCUUCGGGCCCCUCCUCCCGCCCACCACCACGUCCCGCAGGCACACUCUGGCCGAGGUCUCCGCCCGCUUCCACCAGUGCAACCCUCCAUGCAUCGUGGUGAGUCCCUCCGACGGCGCCUCAUCCGACAGCUGCCUGAAGUCCUCCUCCAGCCCCCCUCCCUCCUUACAAGCUGCCAUCCGGGAGGUGUCGACGCUUCAGGCCCCCGAUACCCGGAAUGAAGCCCCGGCACCCACCGGAGCUCCUCUGACUCUGUCCUCCCACCUGCAGCCGCAGGGGCAGAGCAGCCUCCCAUCUGCCAGCUUCCAGGAGGGCCGACGAGCUUCGGACACCUCCCUGACACAAGGACUCAAAGCGUUCCGCCAGCAGCUGAGGAAGAACACGCGCACCAAAGGGCUUCUGGGAUUGAACAAGAUCAAGGGUUUGACGAGACAAGUCGUUUCCCCUCCUUCCUGUAACCGUGGCAGCCGAGGUUCAAUUGGCCCCGCCUUCUCGGAGCAUCGCAGCAUGCUGGAGGAGGUGCUGCACCAGCAAAGGAUGCUGCAAAUUCAGCACCAACCGCAGCCCCACGUCCAAGCCGCCCCGACGGGACCAACCCCCAAUCCCCUCCUUUUCCUGACGCAGCAGAAGUCCCCCUCUCUUCCGUCCACCGCCAUGUUUGCGUCCUCCUCCCUGUUCGAUGCUCCUGGCCAACACAGCCAGCCCCCCCAGCCGGCAUCGGGGGGCCUCCAGCACAGCCCCUGGCACCAAACCCUGGAGACGUCCUUCUCUGGCUCGUCCCUGUCCCCCGUGGCGUCGGCCGCUUACCUCCUAGAGGCCCGUUUGCACAUCAGCCAGCAGCCCCGCCCUUACCCGUUCAGCAGCUUCCAGCAGCCGCAAUCUGCCCCGCCCCUCGUCCCGUCCAAGACGGUCCUGUGGCCGACGGGUUCCGGCACAGAUCCGAACAUGCAGGAGCUCGCGGGCCUGACUGGCCAGCAGCAGCAGCUCAGCAGCUGUGUGAUGGUGAAGUAAACCAUCCGGCGAUGCUUAUAGGAAAAAACAAAAAAGACUCACGCCCCAGAAGACAACAAGGAAAAGGGGCCAAAGAAGAACUGAUGCAAGUGAAAACACACUGAAGUACACACAGCAGUAUGUGCACACAUAGGUAUGUGUUUGAGAUCAUAUAAGCUAAUGAAGAAGCAAUAACCAAACUCCGGAUGAUGAACGUCGAGCAUCUGGAGGAGCAAUAACGGACUAGAAAACUCUGACGGACUCACUUGAAUGAAACGAGAGCUGUUGCUGGUGGCUGUCUCUCACAGGUUCUAUUGCUGUCUAUGUUCAUUUUUUUGUGUUUGUUUUUAAAAGCGAUAAGCACCCCCACCUCCCACCCCUUUUUUUUUCAUUUUUAAGUAGCUCCCAAGUGCUCAAAGUUUCGCUGUACAUAAGACCAAAAACAACCUUUGAUUUCCUGCUUCCUUCGCCUUUUCACAGACAUUUCAGUGUAGCAGCGGAACAUGCAGUGUGAGCUUACUGAAGGAGUUUGGAUUCAAACUGUGACACUUAUGUUUAGUAUUUUCUUUUUUUUUUUGCUUUAUUUGUAGCUAUACACACACAAAAAGCUGCUUUUACCUCAGGCUGCAUACAGACAGCCUCCUUCAGGCCAAACUGAGUGAAGGCAGGGUCCACCGGUUGCUAGAAGCACAAUAGGUACUCGAUCGAACCCUUCUUGGAUCUUUUUUCCUCCUCUAGCUUUGUUUUUCCCCUUCAUGUUAGCUGCUUUUACUACCUCCUCAGGCAACAAGGUCAACAUGUUGAAGGUGUCACCACAUCAGUUCAGGACUGAGAUGAAAGCUGCGUUUCACGCAGGCAGAACAAAGACUGUUGGGAACUGUGCAAUAUCUGACAUUAGAGAAAUUGGGCUUUGACUAGAGGAGGAUUUGCCUGAGGGAUGUUUUUUCUUCUGGUUUCGUAGUGUUUUCUGAUGCAAAAAAACCAAAACAAAGGUACUUUCCGACGUAACCGAGGAAAAAAUCACUGUAGACUCAGAGAAAAGGCAUCUGACAAAUGCUUUCCUUCCUUUAGAUUGAUCGUUGCUCAAUAACUAAGCAGAGGAAUUUUGUUUGUUUCUUUUGUUUUUUUACCAAAGAGAAGGGUAACCCGUCAAAGACACUACUGACUUUUUACUUCACAUGCUGUCUCAGGAUGUAGCGCAGUUUAGCUUGUGAGCUCCUCCGCUUUACGAAAAGGUGGUUUAUCUAGCUGUUACUGAUAACCAUGGCGGUAUUUUUUUUUAUCAUUAUUAUUAUUUUACUAUAAACGAGGACGACAGGAAAUAAAAAAAGGUCACAACAAAGCAAUACCGCUUGCUGGUAGAAGCUAGAAACCGCGUGUCCGUGCAGCAGUUCGGGUGUCAGCAUACAUAAAGCGAUGCAGUCCGCAUGCUCAUCUUUAGCAUGUUAUAGGAGCGCAGUAUUUUUUGUUGUUGUUUUCGCAAAUAUGCAGUGUUGCAUUUUUUUUUUCUGUCCCCCGAGCGUCUGGCGUUUUAGUGCAGCCACCUCCGACAACCGUGCCUUUAUCCGAACAAACGUGUAGUCGGAUUUCUCUGCAACUGAUUGCAAAAAGUGAGGAAGAAAGAAAAAAAAGAAGGAUGGUCAGCGCUACGGCUCGGUCUAAUUCCCUAUCCUUGUUUUUUUUACCUUGGAGCUUGCUGUGUAAACAGAAGCAAAGUCUGCACUUUAUUUAUGUUUCUGAUGAGAAUCGUUGGUUUGUGUUUCCUGUUUCCAAAUCACGUCACUGUUGGAACACUAAGACUCUUGAUGCAAAUAUGUACGGUGACCCUUUUGAUAAACCUGUCGUGUUUUCUUAUUUGUUACUUGACUGUGUUAUCAUAGACACGUCUUUGUGUGUGUGUGUGUGUGUGUGUGUGUGCGCGCAAAUGUGUGUGAGUAUGGAGCAGAAAAGGAGGCGGAGAAUAGCUGUUUGUUUAAGAAAGAUUGUUUAUUUAUGUGGCUAUUUAUUUGAAUAAAGUUCACUUCCUAAACAC